GUGGGGUCAGUUGUCCCCGUUGGUAGAACAAUGCAAGAUGUUGAUGUGGCAACUUGGACCGGUGUGCACCAUGGACCCCAAGCUUUAGGGGAGUCAGGAAGUUUUGAAGGUCUCAGUGGCAAAUGAGGUGUGGGACAAAAAACAGAAGACAGUCCUUCCUCGACUGAGUGCUGUGGUGCCAAACAGUUGGUAUCUGCUGACUGACCCUUUUAUCCACGAUCAUACAGUUGUUUUAUCCUGGGUCCUACAGACCGGCUUUUGCUGAACCAGAGCCAUGGAUAUGGCCCUGGUAGACUUUGGGAGUCUGGAUGACCUUGAAGUCGGCCUUGAUGAUGAGGUGGACUCUGAGGCUGAUGAGACCACAGUGCUUACUGUGGACGUACCCCCAGAGCACGACAUCCCAGGCGGAAACUACCACCUGCGUACACCGCAAUUUUCCGCCCCGCCAUCCCAGCCGAGUCCUGUUCCCUCAUGUAUGUGGGAUUCCACCUCGUCGACCCCCCUCCCAUUUAUACAGACACUGGAAGUACUCCAUUCCCCGAUGCUAAGUCCGAGCUUAGAGGGAAGAAGUAGCCGUGCCAGUAUGAUCUCCAAUUGGAAGUUGCUGCUAAGCAGUGAGGGCACCAAGGAAAGUGAGACCAUCUUCAGCCAACUUGCUAAGGAGUGCUGUGAGGACCUUUUUGUCGAUAAAAGAGGGCUGGACGACGGAGACCAGAAAGUUAUUAUUAACAUUGCCGGUCUUCGCUUUGAGACACAGCUAAAAACAUUAGACCAGUUUCCUGAUACGCUUCUCGGAGACCCUCAGAAGAGAAUGGACUACUUUGAUCCAAUGAGGAACGAGUAUUUCUUUGAUAGGAACCGACCCAGUUUUGAUGGGAUCUUGUAUUACUACCAGUCCGGGGGUAAGGUCAGACGUCCUGCAAACGUGCCUCUGGAUGUAUUUACAGAUGAAAUCAUAUUUUAUGAGCUUGGAAAUGACGCCAUGGAGCAGUUUAGAGAAGAAGAAGGAUUCAUUAAGGAUGUUGAGAUCCCUCUGCCUAAUAAUGAUAUCUAUAGACAAUUCUGGCUGUUGUUUGAGUAUCCAGAAAGUUCCAAUGCAGCCCGGGGUGUUGCAUUGGUCUCCGUGCUAGUUAUAGUUAUAUCCAUCAUUAUUUUCUGCGUGGAAACACUGCCAGAAUUCAGAGAUGACACUGACGUUGUCGUGUCCACGGCUACAAAGCCAGUCAACCUAUCCAGAGCUUACACUUCUAUGGCGACGCCUAGUUUCUUACCCACUAUUUUCUCGGACCCAUUUUUCAUUAUUGAGACUGCCUGCAUUGCUUGGUUCUUCUUUGAACUGCUUAUAAGAUUUUUGGUCUGUCCAAGCAAAAGAGAUUUUUUCCACAAUCUCAUGAACAUUAUUGAUAUCAUAUCCAUCAUUCCGUAUUUUGUCACUGUGGUGACAGAACUGGUCACAAAACCAGAAGAGAGUUCUGGACAGAAUAUGUCUUUGGCCAUUCUACGGAUUAUCCGUCUGGUCAGAGUCUUUCGUAUUUUUAAACUCUCGCGCCACUCCAAGGGUUUGCAGAUUCUAGGACAGACCCUCAAGGCUAGCAUGCGUGAACUUGGCUUACUCAUCUUCUUCCUCUUUAUUGGAGUCAUCCUUUUCUCCAGCGCUAUCUACUUUGCUGAAGUAGAUGAGCCUAACACACAGUUUGUCAGCAUACCGGAUGGCUUUUGGUGGGCAGUAGUAACUAUGACUACUGUAGGCUACGGGGACAUGUGCCCUAUCACCCUGGGGGGUAAAAUGGUCGGCACCUUGUGCGCCAUUGCUGGCGUACUGACCAUCGCUCUACCUGUUCCUGUAAUUGUCUCCAAUUUCAACUAUUUUUAUCACAGAGAGAAUGAAGCAGAAGACAAGCUGUCCUUGACAGAUGCAGUUGAGGAAGCCAUGAGGGCUGAAAUGGGUACAAAACAGGGGAGUAACAAUUCACUCAAUAAGGCCAAUGGUAUCUGACUCAGCAAAAACAGGAAAAUAUUUUGGAUCUUUGUUUUGACUGUCUUCUUUUUGGGCAAUUUGAUUUGUAUCACAAAGUGUGAAAAAUCAUCAAGAGAUAUCAAUUGAAUUGUGGACACUACAGUUACCUAUUUUUUACUAGAUAACAGUUUUGUAAAAUGCUAUGUUCCAUAUCACAUUUUAGGAUACAAGACUCUUCUCAAUGUUUUCCCUGCCUGACUUGUAUGAACAAUUUCACUACAUGUUGGGCUGCUGGGUUGUUUGAAAGCCCUUUAGUUAGUUUGAUUUAAAUAUUAUUGUUUGUGAUAAAAAUCAUGAACUAUGCAUAUAGAGAAAAGGAAAACAUAGAACCCAUUUACUGGUUUUCCUAUCAUAAACACUUAUUUUAAUUUAACAUUUUUUGGGAAAAACAAUGAAAUUACAGCAAUGUUGAGUUGAUUUGUAUAUACAGUAUUUAUAGUUUAUAUCAAGGUAUGCAUUGUCCCUAGAAACUUUUAGGGAAUUCAGGGUUUCGAAUAUGAUUCAAAGUAAUCCUCAAAUAAGGUUCACACAUUUGGUGUUAAACCUAUUAUUUGAGACUCUGUGAUGUUUUGUAUGUACAUGUACACAAACUACAACUUUAAAAAAAAUAUAUAAUUAAACAUUAGUACCUAGCGUUUUUUAAUCAUCUUUUUAUUUAUCAUCUUUAAAAUCCUGUGUCUCAUAAUGAUUGUACAUGUUGGGCAAAAUUCCCCAAAAAUGUACAGUUCCCAUUUAUCUGCAAGGAAGCACAAUGCUGGUGUGAUUCACACCUCCUCCCACAGUCCAACAACAUACAGGUUGUCUCUGUUGUCCAAGAAUGUGAAAAUAAAUGUGAUUUUUUUUUUUGCCUGCUCUUUGAUGAAAGUGCAACCAGUCCAUGCAUUUUGCCCAUAUAGACAGCUGAAAUAGGCUCCAGCUCACCAAUGCAUCUAAACAGAAGCAAAAAUUCAUGAAUGGAUUAUGAUGGAAUUAAUUAUACUGAACACAUUUUUAAACGCAACAUUUUUGUUUUUGCUCCCAUGUUUCAUGAGUUGAACUCAGAGCUAAAACUUUGACUACAUACACAAAAAUACCUAUUCCACUCAAAUAUUGUUCACAAAUCUGUCAAAAUCUGUGUUAGUGAGCCUCUAUUCUUUGCCAAGUUAAUCCAUCCCACCUCACAGGUGUGGCAUAUCAAGAUGCAGGAUUUAACAGCAUGAUUAUUGCACAGGUGUGUCUUAGGCUGCACAAUAAAAUGCCACUCUGAAAUGUG